AUGGACAAGGAAGAAGACGUGGAGGCGUACAUCACACGCGUAUCUUUCUUCAUCCAGCUUCACGCGUUGCGGUUCAGGACCAAUGCUGACCAAGUCUACUUCUUCCUGCAAGGGUGCAGCGGCAAGGAGAGUCUCCUGUGGGCGGCACAGAUCAUGAAGGCGCACCUUGACGAGCGCGAGCGUUGGGAGCGCUUCCCAGAGUACGCAACCAUCACGCAGGUGGUCAAGCUCUUCCGCCUUUGCUUCAGUGUCCUCGACAAGCAGCGCGCGGCACAGGCCAAGUUCGCGGCACUCAAGCAAGGCUUGCAGCCUGUGCGUUCAUAUAUUGCUAUGUUCGAUCGACUCGAGCAGGACGCCGGCUACAACGAUGCAGCGCUUGUCCAGGCAUUCAGGCGUGGCCUUGACCCAGUCCUGCGCAAGAAGAUCGACGACAUGGCAGAGCCGCCUCGCACGAUCUGCGGGUGGAAGGAGGUCACGCUCGACAAGGACGCCCGUCAUCGUGCCGCGCAGGAAGAAGACAAGGUUUGCACGCACAAGCACGCGCAGUCGUCGGGCACUCGCGCAGAGGGACCUUCCUCUAGCCAGGCGCCUGCUCGCGUCCAGGCUGCCUUUAUGCGCCUGACGGAGGAAGAGUGUGCGGACCUUUGCCACCGCGGAGGGUGCUUCUACUGCCGCAAGACCGGCCAUAGGUUCUUUGAAUGCCCGGAGCGCCCGGAAGGGAAAGGGAAGGAGAAGGAGAAGGAGCAGGUCGGGGUGCUCGCGAUGCUUAUCGCUCAGCUCAAGGAUAUGGGGAAGGAGGAACGGGCCCAGGUGCUGGAGGCCCUGAAGGACUUUUAG